CCUCCUCUGGCAGGGGGGAGGGCACUGCUCUGGAUACAAAGCAGCCACGCUCUGGCUCCUUCCUCCUCCUCCUCCUCCCUGGUUGCACGUCCCCUCCUCUCCCGCUCUCUUCCUUACGCUGCAGACCUGGGAAGCGGAGGUGCCCGGAGGAGGAGGAGGAAGGAGCUCUCCAACGCCGCUGCUUUGCGAGUGGAACGGGAGGCAGAGGCAGGGAAGGAGGAUCUUGGUCGCUGCCUGGAUUGAGAGGAAUACAUACCCGAGAAAAUCAAGGCAGAAAGGAGGAGGAGGAGGAGGAGGAGGUGGCUGCGGGGAGCCCGCUCCGGUGGGCGAAGAGCCGCUUUGAAUCGUGCCUCUGUUCCCAGGGAUUAAAGCAUGAAUGGGAGCAGCUUCCCAGCCACGAUGGAGAGAGGAGGAGGCUCAGGCUGUAGGAAUAAGGUUUCCUUCCACAUGAGUCCCUGAGGUUCCUGCUGGCAGCUCCAGCAGUGUGCUGCAGAAGUGCCCGCCUGCUCCCGGGGUCAGCAGCCGAGGCCCCUCCAAACCUGCUUCUGCAAUGGGUGGGUUGUAAGCACUGGUAAUGAGGAGCUGUGGGUCCAGUCAGUCUUGGAGAUGCCGAAGAGACGAGACAUCCUGGCUAUCGUGCUGAUAGUUCUGCCCUGGACACUACUAAUCACCGUCUGGCACCAGAGCACCAUUGCUCCGCUGCUUGCAGUGCACAAGGAUGAUGGUGGUGACUCCCAGCGUGAUCUCGCUGCAGGCUUGGACUCCAAGGAAUACUGCCUGUCGGAGCGGGACAUAGUGGAGGUGGUGAGGACAGAGUACGUUUAUACCCGCCCGCCCCCAUGGUCAGACACCCUUCCCACCAUCCACGUCAUCACCCCCACCUACAGCCGGCCUGUGCAGAAGGCAGAGCUCACCCGCCUGGCCAACACCCUCCUGCACGUCCCCAACCUGCACUGGAUCCUGGUGGAGGACUCCCAGCGCCGCACGCCCCUCAUCACCCGCCUGCUGCGGGACACGGGGCUCAACUACACCCACCUCAACGUGGAGACCCCGCGCAACUACAAGCUGCGGGGGGACAUGCGGGACCCCCGCAUCCCCCGCGGGACCAUGCAGAGGAACCUUGCCCUGAGGUGGCUGAGGGAGACCUUCAACAAGAACAGCAGCCAGCCUGGCAUUGUCUACUUCGCCGAUGAUGACAACACCUACAGCCUGGAGCUCUUUGAGGAGAUGCGCAGCACCAGGAAGGUGUCGGUGUGGCCGGUGGCCUUUGUCGGAGGCCUGCGCUACGAGUCCCCCCGCGUGAACGCCGCGGGGAAGGUCUAUGGCUGGAAGACGGUGUUCGACCCGCACCGCCCCUUCGCGAUAGACAUGGCAGGCUUCGCUGUGAACCUCAGGCUCAUCCUCCACAGACCUCAGGCGUACUUCAAGCUGCGAGGAGUCAAGGGGGGCUACCAGGAGAGCAGCCUGCUGCGGGAGCUGGUCACCCUGAACGACCUGGAGCCGAAAGCUGCCAACUGCACUAAGAUCCUAGUCUGGCACACAAGGACAGAAAAGCCGGUGCUGGUGAAUGAGGGGAAGAAAGGAUUCACAGAUCCCAACGUGGAAAUCUGACUGCGUGGCUGAACGAGACCAACAGGAGAUCUCUUCAUGCACAGCCUGCAAGGUUCCUCUCCACAGCAUCCAAGCAGCCAGAUGUGCAGAAGCCAAGGACCUCUGCUGACUUCCAAGAGUUCUUAGUGUACUGCAAACAAGCAACACUGCAUCCAUAGACUGCCCGGGUUCCCCUGCCCUUCCUCCUGGACUCUGAGCACAACCAGACACUGGAGGUGGAGAAAAGCACAGAAAACACAGGACUGCCACCAGCUUCGGCACCAGAGCAGCUGCCUUGCGAGAGGAGAUGCUCGGUUUGGGAGCAGUGGAUGCAGGGCAGGAUGCACUGAGGACGUGGCACUGCUGGGGUGGUGGUUUAGACUGAAGGGGCUGUUUCACAGGACCUGAAGGCGAGGGUGAGGAUGGCCACAGGAGUGUGCUGGCCCCUGGUGACUUGUUCCUGAGACACACGUACGUUGUGGCUAUGUGUGCCUGAGAGCCUGACCAGCUCUCUGCUCAUGGAGGGGACAGCCACCUGCUGAGAUGGCACCUUAGCCCUUAAUUUUAAACCUACUUUAAUCAGUGUUUAUUACGCUGCACAAGACAGGAAGGGUUUGGGGGAGGGUGAAAAGCAAGGCAGGUUAGAACAGGCCCAGCAAGUAUCUCUGUUCUCUUUGUAUUCCCCCUCCUUUCCCUUCAUUAGUUUCAUGGUUUGGAGGGCACUGACAUACCUCUGCGUUCAUAGAAUGGUUUGUGUUGGAAGGGACCUUAAAGCUCACCCAGUUCCAACCCCUGCCAUGGGCAGGGACACCUUCCACUAGAGCAGGUUGCUCCAAGCCCCUGUGUCCAACCUGGCCUUGAACACUGCCAGGGAUGGGGCAGCCACAGCUUCUCUGGGCACCCUGUGCCAGCGCCUCAGCACCCUCACUGUAAAAGAAGCUCUUCCUUUUACCUAGUCUAAAUCUCCCCUUUUAUUUUACACCAUUCCCCUUGUCCUGUCCCUCCAUCCCUUGCCCAAAGCCCCUCUCCAGGUUUCCUGGAGCCCCUUUAGGCACUGGAGCUGCUCUAAGGUCUCCCCUUCAGGAGCCUUCUCUUCUCCAGGCUGCCCCAGCCCAGCUCUCUCAGCCUGGCUCCAGAGCAGAGCUGCUCCAGCCCUCGUAGUGUUCAAGGCCAGGUUGGAUGGGGCUUGGAGCUUGGAGCAACCUCGGGCAUGUCAACCACCCCACUGAGCUUGGGGUCACCUGCAGACCUGCUGAGGAUGCCCUCCAUGCCCCUGUGUCACUGCUGAAGAUGCUAAACAGCGCUGGUCCCAGUACAGAACUGUGAGGUUCAGCAGUCUCCUUCUGGACAUGGAGCUGUUGCCCACUCCCAGCUGACCAUUAUUCCUGGAUGGAUGUAUGGUUACAGCAUGUGGUUCUCUAUUCAUCCAUGUUAAAGCAACUGGGAGUGGGGUUUAAUGAGAGUGUUGUGGCCAUACACCAUAACCCUUGAUCCAGUCUCAAAUCCCACUUCAUAUGAGUGUUAGGUGUGGGAUUCUCUGAAGGGUGCUCUUCCCUAAAGCCUCAUUUCCACCCUUAAAAAAUAAGGUUAACUGCUUAAAAUGAGGGAUUUAAUGAUAAAAGCUGAUUUUAGGCAUACUGGAAUGUAUCCUUCAGCCCCAGCCCCUUUUUCAGAGCCAGGCCACACAACUGCUGGAGCAGUUCCAGAGGUAACUUGUGAUGGAUCGAGCAGCACCCUUGUAAAGGCAAUCCUGUGCUUAUAGUGCUCUUCAGCACCUGGCUCGAGGUAGGUUGAUAAACUAUCUAUGUCAAACGAGUCACCUCUAGUGUGUUCUGAACAUCAAGGGACCCGAGAUAGCUCUGAUGGAAGCGUGUUCUCUGAUGAAACUGUGUUUUGCUCCUCAGUGAGACACAGGACUGAGCAAUGCAGAAGAGGAACCUGGGUGCUACUACCUUGGUUGGCUCUGUAGUUGAGAUUGACACACUUGCUGAGGAACACAUUGAGGUACAACAUCCCCUUUCUCCCCUUUAACAACACCCAGAACUUACCUCCCCUUUCAUGUUGUAUUUAAACCUUUGAUCAACCCCCCCACCGUCAUUGUCCCAAUUCCUUCAAAAAGGUCUGAAGCACAAUUUUACCUUUGAAAUGAGGGGGAAAGUAACCCUGGAAACGUUGUGUAUUUCCUCAGAUCUCAAACAAUCUAUUUUUGGUAAGUUAUUUCCUCCCACUGUGUAUCAAGCCCUUGGGAAGAGUGGCAUUCCCCAGCUCCCAGUCCCAAAGCCUUACAGAACUGCUCCUUUAGGUGCGCUGGCUGAAGAGCUACUUGGCUAGAAAGCUGCUGGCUGCUCUAUGGGAAUGGGGGGUGUUAUCUUGUGUGAAAGCAGUAGCCAUCUGCACUGCAGCAGAUUGACUCUGUUAUUGGAUGAACCCCCCAAGCUCACUUCAGUCUGCAAAGCCUAGAGUACAAAGAGACACUUGGAAAAGGACUACAACAAGUUUUCCUACCAUUGGAAUCAUUUCCAACUGCUGCGUCCUCUCCCAGCUGCAUGUUUGGUUUCACUCAUCGUAAUUCCAGUCCCUGCUGGGUUGCAACCUUCCCUCCUUGGAAGGGAAAGGCUCGAGUCCUGAACACAACCAUACAUGCUCCACUGGUCACACCAGCCUGGACCCUUCCAAUGUGCAGAGAGGCCACGGUGGUCCUGGGGAGCAGAGCGCGGUGUGUGGGGUGAGAGCAGGAUGGAUGGAGGGUGGUCCAGCUGCACUGUCCUCAGUUUGAAACAAACUGUACUGACAUUUGUUAAAUAAAACUAUGGUUUCUAAGA